AUGGCAGUGGUGGGGCAGGGCUCUGAGGAGGCCGGCACAGGGCUUCUUCCCGGACUCCCAGCCCAGGGAGGGAGUGCAGGAAGAGGGCAGGAGGAGGGCGGUGCGGGACCCACAGGCAGUUCAGAGAGGGGCCUGACGGUGGUGGCGGGAGAGUGGGAGGUGGGACCCCGCAAAGAGGGUCUUGGAGCCUCCUCUCUGCCCUGGAAGAGCCUGGCUUCCCUCAUCAGUGGCUGGCUGCUAGCCGAUGGUGAGGAUGACGAUGACCAGGACCAAGGGGGCACAGAGGGGUCUGGCCAGCUGGUGCUUCAGAAGAAGAGAUUAGGGAAAGCUGGAACAAUCCGGAAGGCUUCCCAGAGGAAGUGGCCAACAGCGGGGGUGGUUUGUCCACAGUGUAGCCUGAGACCCCGGGUCCACUCUGCCCUCCUACAAAAAGGAGGCACCAUAGUCCACCGUGGGCCUGUGCCCCCUGGUGGAGGUACUAGACCCACGGCCCAGCCCUGGCUGACCCUGAGGCCUCUCUGCUGUGCCUUCCAGAACAUGCCGAAUGUCCGCGACCACGAUGCCUCUGUCUACCUCCGCCUCCAAGGAGAUGCCUUGUCUGUGGGUGGCUAUGAGACCAACCCCAUCUUCUGGGAGGAGGUGUCAGACAAGUUUGCCUUUGGCCUCUUUGACCUGGACUGGGACGUGUUCACCCAGCACAUCGAAGGUGCCAUCAACCGCGUCCCAGUGCUGGAGAAGACGGGGGUCAAGUCCACAGUCUGUGGCCCGGAGUCCUUCACACCUGACCACAAGCCCCUGAUGGGGGAGGCACCUGAACUCCGAGGGUUCUUCCUGGGCUGCGGUUUCAACAGUGCAGGAAUGAUGCUGGGUGGCGGCUGUGGGCAGGAGCUGGCCCACUGGAUCGUCCACGGGCGCCCAGAGAAGGACAUGUACAGCUAUGACAUCAGGCGCUUCCAUCACCUGCUCACCGACCACCGCCGCUGGAUCCGCGAGCGCAGCCACGAGUCCUACGCCAAGAACUACUCUGUUGUGUUCCCCCACGAUGAGCCCCUGGCGGGGCGCAACAUGAGGACAGACCCCCUGCACGAGGAACUACUGGCCCAAGGCUGCGUCUUCCAGGAGCGACAGGGCUGGGAGCGGCCGGGAUGGUUCACCCCGAAAGGCACAGCUCCGGUCCUGCGGUACGACUACUACGGGGCGUAUGGGAACCGGAUGCACGAGGACCACGCCUACGGCCGGCUGCUGGGGGACGACUACACGUUCGACUUCCCGCCCCACCACGACGUGAUCAAGAAGGAAUGUCUGGCCUGCAGAGGGGCCGCUGCUGUGUUCAACAUGUCCUACUUCGGAAAGUUCUACCUGGUGGGUUUGGAUGCGAGGAAGGCUGCCGACUGGCUCUUCUCUGCUGAUGUCAGCCGACCCCCAGGCUCGACCGUGUAUACCUGCAUGCUGAACCACAGGGGCGGCACCGAAAGCGACCUGACUGUCAGCCGCCUGGCCCCCGGCCCCCAGGCCUCCGCCCUGGCCCCCGCCUUUGAAGGGGACGGCUACUACCUGGCCGUGGGCGGGGCCGUGGCCCAGCACAACUGGUCUCACAUCAGCACGGUGCUGCAGGAUCAGAAGUUCCGGUGCCAGCUCAUCGACAGCUCCGAGGACCUGGGUCUGAUCAGCAUCCAGGGCCCGGCCAGCCGGGCCAUUCUCCAGGAGGUGCUGGACGCAGACCUGAGCGACGAGGCUUUUCCUUUCUCUACCCACAAGCUGGUGAGAGCCUCCGGGCACCUGGUGCGGGCCAUGAGGCUCUCCUUCGUGGGGGAGCUGGGCUGGGAGCUUCAUGUGCCCAAGCCAGCCUGUGUGCCCGUGUACCGGGCUGUGAUGGCCGCAGGCACCAAGCACGGCCUCGUCAACGCCGGGUACCGGGCCAUCGACUCCCUGAGCAUCGAGAAAGGCUACCGGCACUGGCACGCAGACCUGCGCCCCGACGACAGCCCCCUGGAGGCGGGCUUGGCCUUCACCUGUAAGCUCAAGUCAGCGGUCCCCUUCCUGGGUCGGGAGGCCCUGGAGAAGCAGCGGGCCGAGGGCCUCCGCCGACGUCUGGUGUGCUUCACAGUGGACGAAAAAGUGCCCAUGUUCGGCCUGGAGGCCAUCUGGAGAAAUGGCCAGGUGGUAGGCCACGUCCGGAGGGCUGACUUUGGGUUUGCCGUUGACAAGACUCUCGCCUACGGCUACAUCCGGGACCCCAGCGGCCAGUCGGUCUCUCUGGACUUUGUGAAGAGUGGUGACUAUGCUCUGGAGCGGAUGGGGGUGGCCUACCCUGCCCGGGCUCACCUGAAGUCUCCCUUCGACCCUGACAACAAGAGGGUGAAGGGAAUCUACUGACCCCCCCCCCCCCCGCGGGGCGGAGCCUCGGGGCAUCAGGAGGCUGAGACCUGCUCCGUCCCUCGCUGACCCUCCCCACGGGGCCUGCCGCCCUGGCCCAGGACUGGACCCGGCCAGAGAGGAGUCCUCCCCGCCCUCCUAGUGCAGAGCUGCUCGCCCCCCAAACAGAUACCACCCGAGCGGACAGGAGACCCAGAGGGCCUGUCCUAUGGUCACUGACCAGAGGCUGGCCUCUAGUCCACCCCUACCCCCCAAAACAAAGCUGCAAGGUCUUGGGCUCAGGGAGCGUGCCAUGUGACCCUCUAGAAGCUUCCGAGAAGGUGCGUAGUUAACCCCUAGUAAGCCCAGUAUAGAAGCAGGGAAGCAAAGGGAUCUGCCCGGUAUCCCAGGCCUGCCUGACGAGCAGACUGUCCAGAGCAGAGCACCACUGGAGAGUUUCCAGGGGCAUCUGGAAUUAGGGACAGAGUGAGGAUUGUUUAGUACUGUCUGCCUCGGGCGCAGUUUAAAGGCAGAGAACAGGGGUGCCAGCUUGGCUGGGUCCCUGCGGCCAGGCCGUUGGGCAGGAUGGUCCGUUCCCCAGAGGCUGGCAGAGGCGGGGAUCCAGGAAGCCAGUUCUUCCUGCCUUGACCUGUUUCUCACACGGGAAAGCGUUCUGAGCACCACCAGCUGGUGAAAUAGGUGAGCAGAAGCAGGGCGUGGGAGGGGUGGGUCUCACAUCGGUGCCCUCCCUUGCCCAUGCAGAAGCCCCACCUCCUGCCUCAGUUUCCCCAAGAGCACGUUGUUCGCUAGGUCCGUGAAGGAGUGGCGUGUUGCCGGGUGAGAACCCGACAGACCCCUCCUGCCUUGUGGCCUCUGUCCUUGCUUUGUGACUGGGACGUGGCUCCCGCCUCCCCGCUCUCUCCACUUGUGGCCCCGGGGAAGGGCUUCGCACAGGGUCUUUAAAGGGGUGACUCCCCCGCACCCCUUCUCUGGGCCUUCAGAGCUCUCUAACAUCUGCCUGUGUGACCCUCUUCCCCCCUUCCUGGCCAGGAUAAGCGUGUGUCCCGCCCCGUGCCCCCGUCCCCGGUCCUUCCCCCGUCACCUCUCCGGCUCACCCCAGCAGGAUCUCGGAGCCCACCGGGCAGCCCAGGGGCAGCCCAUGCGGCCUUGCCCGGCAUGCCUGACUCUCUGGGGAGCAGAAGGUGGCGGGUGUGGGGGGGACAAGGAGGACAGGGUCCCCUCAGACGCUCGCAGGAAGCCACAUGGUCACUGGGGCAGGGGGCAGUCCCUGGCGAGCCCUGGCUGCUUUCAGAUGCUCACAUGGUACACAGCCCCACCGUGGACCGCGCUGGAACAGGUCAGACUAAUAAAGUCGAAGUCGUGGGAAGAUG